CUUGUUUACUUCAGGAGAGUUGCCACCAACGACGCACCUCGUCGCGCCUUCUGUCACGGCAUUGCCUUGUGAAAGAGAGAAAACGCGCCCAGCCCUUGCUGCCAGAACCGGCUGUUCUUCCACAUUUUCCUCUCACAUAGCUGAUUACACCACUUGCUACGCCAUGGAGCGCCGAACCUUCGAGGGCCCCAUGGACUGGGAAUACCAGUCGCAACCCCCUGUGGACCAGUCGAGUCCCUUUGCAAAAUUCUCUCAGAAGCAGCCAGCAUCGACGUUCAACUCGCCAUCAAAACUCCGCUCGGCCAACCCAAAUCCCUUCGCGUUCUCAGGCAACCCCAAAGGCUCACCAAUCAAACCUCAGGAGCAAUUUCGCCCCCCUCACGCGACAUUAUUCAGCCCUCAACUGCAGAGCAGGCCAUCAGGUCCAGCAUUCCGGAACCCCGCGUUUACCACCCCUCAGAAGCGUCUCGAUGAAAUUGUUUUCUCAGAAUAUUCCGGCGCGGAGACCAGCCCUGCCAUGACCGAUACAUCAGAAAUGCCACCGGAUACCCCCGAGUACGACCGGGCGGACGAGGACUUUGGGAAGCUGACUCUCACACCAUCUGCCGGAAAGACGCUGUUCAGCAAGACGUUGCUUCGGAAUCAUGCGUCGGGGCGUGGAGAGAUACCGAGAGCGAAUCGAGACAAGGUUCGGAAACGGAAGCGGACCCAAGGCGAUAGGGACGUGGGCAGCGUCCGGCCCCGUCUUCCCCACGCCUCCGACGAUUCGGACAGUGAUUGGGAAGGGGAAUCAGUCGCCGGGACGAAACGCAUCAAGGACGGGAAGACGGGACGGCGGGGUUGGUUCAACAAUUUCCUCUCGGCCGUGAGCGACCACCCGAGCGCGCCAGCGAUCCUAUCCAAAUGGUUGCAGCUGGGGGUCAAUGUCAUCCUUCUCAGCAUCGUUCUCUUCGGAAUAUUCGCUAUUCUCACGCAGAUAAGGUCCGAUCUGUCUCACGCGAGCGAGAAAGCGCGGGCAGCCAUCGUGAGCGAGAUGUCAAUCUGCGCCGAGAACUUCCGAAAAAAUGGCUGCUCGCCGAGAGCAAAUCGGCCGCCGGCGCUGGAUGGACCCUGCAACGAAUGGGAGGCGUGUAUGAACCAGGACGCCUCGGCCGUAAUGAAGGUUCAGAUCUCGGCAAGGAAUGUCGCCGAAAUCAUGAACGAGUUUGUUGGUGUUUUGACUUUCAAGACCUGGGGCUUCAUCCUUUCACUUUUCCUGGUGGCAAUCGUCGCUAGCAACGUCGGCUUUGGGUUUCUUCGAGAAUCCACGCUUGCCCACCCAGCACGGCCGGCAGAGCCCCUACACUCGCCGCCCGCAGUGCCAUCCCUUCUUGGAUCAGCAGCGGCACACAACCCACAACAAGCGUAUAUCUGGGCUCCCAUCAGCCAGACCCCUCGGCAUGUUCGGAAGAAUUACUUUGCCAACGAUGUUACGGACUCGGAGGCAUCGCCGGACCUGAAGAUGAUCUUGCCGCAGCAGACCCCUUCUGGGAGGAGAAGCCCUAGCAAGGGUGAUAGGAGGCAAAGCCCCUCGAAGGGUUCGCGGGGGCGUAGCCCGACUAAAGGGUACUAGGGGUCAUGAACAGAUGUAGGACUCGUUGGGCGUGUUUGGCUUGUCACCAUGUAACAACACAUCAUGUACUAUCAUUGGCUUCCUUUGUCCGGGUUGGUUGCGGUCAGUUGCGAUUUUAGAUACCGAAACAUUUGGGUGGUGGAGUAGGUAUGGCAAUGGCACUGGGAUGAAGAUCACUUCGAGGAGCGCGUUCUUUUCUGAACUCAACACAUUCCGCCUGUCUGUUUCUCCUAAGCGGAUCGCAAGCCAACGACUCUCACAGCGUGAGGGGCUGCUCCUACCUAGCAGGCAGA